AUGAGCGACAAAAAGAAUCUUUUGCUUCUAUUUGAGCGACCAAAUGAACCAGUGUUUACUCCAAAAGGAAAAGAGAAUGCCGUUUUCGAAGUUCCUGACAACUUUUUAACUGAGAAGUAUAAACCUAUCGGCACAGAAAUUCAAAAUCGAUUUGGUGAAGAAGCUGGCGUUCGAAUUCCUGUUCAGAACAUUUCUCAACCUGAUUUAAGAAUACCAAUGCAACUUGGACGACAAGAGAAUUUUUCAGUUUUUAUUCCAAAACAUCGCAAGAUUGCUGCUCGUCUCAUUGACAUUUUUAUGGGUGUUCGUAGCACAAAUGAUUUGCAAAGUGUUGCGGCAUAUGCCCGAGACCGUGUGAACCCUCAACUAUUCAAUUACGCUCUUUCAGUUGCUUUGAUUCAUAGGCCUGAUACAAAGGAUCUGGAUAUUCCAUUAUUUUCCGGCUUAUUUCCCGACAAAUUCAUUGAUUCAAGAGUCUUUGAACGCGCACGAGAAGAAGCUACAAUUGUACCGACUGGAUCACGACGCCCAAUAAUUAUUCCGCGAGAUUACACAGCUUCUGAUUUAGAAGAAGAGCAUAGAUUGUGGUAUUUCCGUGAAGACAUGGGCAUAAAUCUACAUCAUUGGCAUUGGCAUUUAGUUUAUCCUUUUGAGGCUAAUGAUAGACGCAUUGUCGACAAAGAUCGUCGAGGAGAACUUUUCUAUUACAUGCAUCAACAAAUCAUUGCAAGAUAUAAUCUUGAACGCUUUAGCAAUCGUUUACCACGUGUUGGUCGAUUAAAUAACUUCCGCGCUCCAAUACCCGAGGGAUAUUUCCCCAAAUUAGAUUCAUUGGUGGCAUCGCGUUCAUGGCCAGCUCGAAUUUCGGGUGCUUAUUUGAGAGAUUUAAAUCGUGAAUUGGAUCAAGUUAGAUUAGAUAUCAGUGAUCUUGAACGAUGGCGUGAAAGAUUCUUCGAAGCUGUCAAUCAAGGUUUUGUGGUUGAUUCAUCAGGAAAUCGAAUUCCCCUUGAUGAAAGACGUGGAAUUGACAUUCUUGGUAACAUGAUGGAAGCUUCAAUGCUUACACCCAACAGUCAACUUUAUGGAGAUUUGCAUAAUAUGGGGCAUGUUAUGAUUUCUUAUUCCCACGAUCCUGAUCAUCGUCAUUUGGAAUCAUUCGGCGUUAUGGGAGAUUCUGCUACAGCUAUGCGUGAUCCAGUCUUUUAUCGUUGGCAUGCAUGGAUCGAUGAUAUUUUCCAAGCACAUAAAUCAAUGCUGUCACCAUACAGUGCUGAUCAACUUAAUUAUCAAGGCAUUUCUGUAAAUGCAAUUCAAAUUCAAGCUGAUGGGGGUCGUCCUAACAUCAUAAACACUCAUUGGCAACAAAGUGAUUUGAAUUUGGCCAAAGGAAUGGACUUUGUUCCACGUGGAGAUGUUUUUGCUCGAUUCACUCAUUUGCAACAUGUCCCUUAUACUAUUUCACUUCAAGUGAAUAACAAUUCAGGUGCUCAACGUCUAGGAAUGGUUCGAAUCUUUUUAGGACCAAAAACGGAUGAACGAGGAGCUCCAUUUUUAUUCAAUGAACAACGACGAAUGAUGAUUGAGUUGGAUAAGUUUGUAACUGCUUUGAGACCUGGUGAAAACAUCUUGAAGAGACGUUCAGUUGAAUCGACGGUCACAAUUCCAUAUGAUCGUACAUUUAGAAAUUUGGAUGAUCGUCCUACAGGUGCUGGAGAAACUUCGUUUAACUUCUGUGGUUGUGGAUGGCCACAACAUAUGUUGAUUCCCAAGGGAACACCAGAAGGCUUGCGUUGUGAACUUUUCGUUAUGAUUUCCAACUACGAGGAAGAUCGUGUCAACCAAGAUCUUGCAGGAACUUGCAACGAUGCUGCUUCUUAUUGUGGCAUUCGAGAUCGCUUGUAUCCUGAUUUGAAAGCCAUGGGAUAUCCAUUUGAUCGCCCAGGUCGUCCGGGAACUGAUUCAAUGAACUCAUUUUUAACACCAAAUAUGAGAUCACAAGAUUGUUCAAUUGUCUUCAACGACAGAACUGUUGAAAGACCAAGAAAUUAAUUAAACAUUUUCAAUAUAUACUUAUUCUUGAACUUAUAACCACGAUUCGUUAUAAUUAAAACAUUGAAUAUUUUAAUAUGCAAAUAUCGCAUCAUUAAUAAAGUCAUAUUGGUUACUUAUACCACG